GUGAAGGUUGGAAACAUUCAAGACAAAUGUUAAGACCUCAAUUCGCUAGAGAUCAAGUUGCUCAUGUUCAAGCUUUAGAACCUCAUAUCAAAGUAUUAGCUAAACAUAUUAAAUAUUCUAAAGGUUCUACUUUUGAUCUUCAAAAAUUGAUGUUUCAAUUAACGGUUGAUACAUCUACUGAAUUCUUAUUUGGUGAAUCUGUCCAUUCUUUAUACUCUGAAUCUAUUGGUUUACCACCUCCAAAUGAUAUCGAUGGAAGAAAUGAAUUUGCUGAUUCUUUCAAUACUGCUCAACAUUAUUUAGCUUCAAGAGCUUACUCUCAAUUCAUGUACUUUUUAAUCAAUCCAAAAGAAUUUAGAGAUGUUACUGCUGUUGUUCAUAAAGUUGCUCGUUAUUAUGUUAAUAGAGCUUUGAAAUUUAGUCCUGAAGAAUUAGAAGAAAAAUCAAAAGAUGGUUAUGUUUUCUUAUAUGAAUUAGCCAAACAAACUAAAGAUAAAAAAGUUUUACAAGAUCAAUUAUUAAACAUUUUAGUUGCUGGUAGAGAUACCACUGCUGGUUUAUUGUCAUUCACCUUUUAUGAAUUAGCUAGAAAUCCUGAUGUUUUUAACAAAUUAAGAAAAGAAAUUGAAGAAAACUUUGGUGUUGGUGAAGAUGCUGAUCUUUCUCUUAUUACUUUUGAAUCAUUAAAGAAAUGUGAAUACUUGAAAUGUGUCUUAAAUGAAAUCUUAAGACUUUAUCCUUCUGUCCCAAUUAAUUUCAGAGUCGCUACCAAAGAUACCGUCUUACCAAGAGGUGGUGGUAAAGAAAACAAUGAACCAUUAUAUGUUUCCAAAGGUACUACUGUCGCUUAUGCUGCUUAUGUUACCCAUAGAUUACCUGAAUACUACGGCAAAGAUGCUGAUGAUUUCAAACCAGAUAGAUGGAUCAACCCACCUAAAUUGGGUUGGGCUUAUGUUCCAUUUAAUGGAGGUCCAAGAAUUUGUUUAGGUCAACAAUUUGCCUUAACAGAAGCUUCAUAUGUUGUUGUUAGAUUGCUUCAAUUAUUCUCCAAGUUAGAUUCAAAGGAUGAAGGUCCAUACCCACCAAGAAAGAUGGUUCAUUUAACCAUGUGUCAUCAAGAAGGUGUCUUUGUCCAAAUGGAAUAAACUUGAUGUCGGUGUAAUAAAAAAACCAGCAAGUCAUUACUGUUUUCUUCAUGCAUGCAUGCAAGAAUGCCAUGUCUUAGCUGAUAAAUUUUAGUUCUUAGCAAAUAAGAAAUCAUUGAUUUAUUUUAUCAUUGGUAUCGCUUUCUUAUGUUCGUAUUUCUUUUCCUUUUGUCUAUGCUUUAUGUUCCAGGUUUAUCCAUCUAUUUAUUUAUUUUAUUAAAGUUUGUCUUUUCAAUCCUCCUUCCCAAGUUAGAGCUAUCUUUCAUUACUACUACAAACUAAAAUCAGAAAGUAAGACAUGACUUAUUCAACUCUUUAAUUAUAUAGUAUAUUAUCUAAAUAAACGUAUUUUAUCAUUUAUUCUAUUUCAUAUUUUUUUUU